GAGGUGACUCAUAAGUCUCCGCUGCGCUCCUGCAUCUAUUGUGAUUCUGCUGAAUAAAGGUUGUCCAAACAAAGAAAAACAACUGCUGAGAUCUACACACUAUUAUAAAGAUGGCAUUUAUUAAAGGAGAGAGUGAAGAUGUGAAAAUUCAAGAAGGGAAGAUUGAAGAAACAUGCUCAGUCAAACACAAAGAUACUGAGGAACAAACAGACCUCAUGCCACUGAAACAGGAGUGCAUAGUACCGAAUGAAACAGAAGAGAAAGAACGAAAUGAGACUCGUAAUUUCAUAACCGGAGAAGAUUCUUUUAGUCGGCCACAGACUAAAGAGACUUUCUCACGGAAAGCAGCUCAUGAAACAGAAACUGAAUGUUGUUCCACCAUCAGUGAACAUAAAAACCUUGAAGUCCAUAUGAGAGUUCACACUGGAGAGAAGCGUUUGACCUGCCAACAGUGUGGAAAAGGGUUCAAUAAAAAAGGAGACCUUAACAUGCACAUGAGAGUUCACACUGGAGAGAAACUUUUGACCUGCCAACAGUGUGGAAAAGGGUUCAAUAAAAAAGGACACCUUAACAUGCACAUGAGAGUUCACACUGGAAAGAAGCGUUUGACCUGCCAACAGUGUGGAAAAGGGUUCGAUAAAAAAGGAGACCUUAAAAUGCACAUGAGAGUUCACACUGGAGAGAAGCGUUUGACCUGCCAACAGUGUGGAAAAGGGUUCGAUAAAAAAGGAGACCUUAACAUGCACAUGAGAGUUCACACUGGAGAGAAGCGUUUGACCUGCCAACAGUGUGGAAAAGGGUUCGAUAAAAAGGACACCUUAACAUGCACAUGA